CAACUUUUGACGUCACAGACACUGGAAGCUCUGGCAAACAGUUGUAAACGAGUCGCUGAAGUUGGGAGUCGAAAAUGUGGGUAUUUGGCUACGGGUCUCUCAUAUGGAAGGUGGACUUUCCAUAUGAGACUAAAGUUGUUGGAUUUAUAAAAGGAUUUGCGCGGCGGUUUUGGCAAGGAAGCGAAGACCAUCGCGGCGUACCAGGCAAGCCUGGCCGUGUUGUGACUCUUGUUCCAUCCAGUAAUACAGAGGAGGUGGUGUGGGGAGUUGCAUACAAGAUCCAUGAGUCGGAUGUGGAGAAGGUGAUCUCACACCUCAACUUCCGCGAGAAGGGUGGAUACGAGCAAACAGUGGUGACCUUCCAUCCUCAAGACGCUACCAUGCCCGAGUUCCAUCUUACGCUGUACAUUGGUAACACUGACAACCCGUUUUACUUGGGCCCGGCCCCUCUGGAGGACAUCGCACAUCAGAUCUACCACUCUGUCGGACCAAGCGGGAAGAACAUUGACUACCUUCUCAACCUAGCAACCGCGAUCCGGCAACUUGCACCUGAAGCAGCUGACCAACAUAUAUUCGACUUGGAAGGCGCCGUCAAACAACUGUCAUCACAGAGUAAAAUGUUAUGAUGUUUGUAGAACUUUUAAACUAAUGAAUGGAAUAUGGAUGAUUU